CCCUCCUGUCUCCAUGUGCUGCUGCUCGUCUGUAAAAUGGCUGACAAACAACAACGAAGGCAGCAUGGAGACGAGCUGGACCAAGAGCAGUUCUGCUGUUCAGUAUGUCUGGAUCUCCUGAAGGAGCCGGUUACUAUCAACUGUGGACACAGUUACUGCAGGGGCUGCAUUGAGGGUUACUGGGACCAGGAGAAGGAGAAGGGAGGGUGCAGCUGCCCUCUGUGCAGGCAGACCUUCAAUCCCAGGCCUCUUCUGAAGAGAAACAACAUGCUGGUUAAGGUUGUGGAGAAGCUGAAGAUGACGAGCACCCAGCAGGCUUCUCCCUCUGCUGCUCUGGCCUGUGCAGGUCCAGCAGAUGUUGCCUGUGAUUUCUGCUGUGGGACCAAACCUAAGAAAGCCACCAUGUCCUGCCUGACGUGCUUGGCGUCUUACUGUCCAGCUCACCUCGAGCCUCACUACAGCGUUGCUGUGCUGAAGACGCACCAGCUGGUCUCGGCUAGAAUCCCACUGCAGGACAAGAUGUGUACCAAGCACAACAAGCUGAUGGAGGCCUACUGUAAGACGGACAAGCAGCUUGUUUGUUCUCUGUGCACCAUAGAGGAGCAUCGGGACCACAAAGUGGUUUCUGUUUCAGUACAGAAGGCUGAAACAGAGAAUCUUCUUAGUUUGAGUCGUAAGAAAGUCCAGGAGACGUCCCAGCAGAGAGAAAAGGAGCUGAAGGAGCUGAUCCAAGCGGAGAACGAUCUCAAGAUCUCUACCCAAGAGGCGCUGAAGGACUGCGACAGGAUCUUUGCCAAGAUGAUCUCCUCCAUGAAGAGAAGACGCAGUGAGGUGAAGCAGCUGAUUGAAGGUCAGGAGAAAACGGCGGCGGCGCAGGCUGAGGCGAUUCGGCUGCAGCUGGAGGAGGAGAUCGCCAAGCUGAGGAGGAGAGACGGCGAACUGGAGCGGCUGUCGCAUGCUGACGACCACAUCCAUUUGAUACAGAUCUUCCAGUCUCUCUCCACUUCCUGUGACUCUUCAGACUUUCCACCUGCUGCUGUUCCUCCACGUUCCCUCAGAGAAGUGACGCACUGUGUGUCUGAGCUGAGAGAUAAACUAGAGAUUGCCCUGGAGGAAACAUGGCCCAGGAUCUCUGCCACAGUCUCUUAUGUUGAUUUCUCACUAUCACCGGCACCAAACACCAGAGCAGAGUUUUUACACUAUUGCCGUCCCCUCACACUGGAUGUGACCUCAAACUACGCGUAUCUCCACCUGAUGAGCGACUAUCGCAUGAUGAAGCCUUCACCCAGCCCCUACUCUGCUCAGCCAGAGAGGUUUACUAAGUUCCCGCAGGUGCUGUGCAGAGAGGGUUUGUCUGAGCGGUGUUACUGGGAGGUGGAGUGGAACGCUCGCACUCUCUCUGCAGCGGUGGCUUACAAAGACAUCGCCCGAGCGUCGGAUGACUCACGGUUUGGAAACAAUGACAAGUCGUGGAGUUUGGAGUGCUCAGCGAAUGGUUACUCGUUCCGGCACAAUAAUGUAGAAACGGCAGUGUCAGGCCCCCACUGCUAUAAGAUCGGAGUGUUCUUGGAUUAUAAAGCAGGAACUCUGAGUUUUUAUCACGUCUCUGAUCUGAUGGUUCUGCUCCACAGAGUUCACACCACGUUCACCCAGCCUCUUUAUCCUGGGCUCGGGCUGAACUAUGAAUGGUAUGAUAUUGGCGUGUUUGCACAGCUUGUCAAGUUAAGGAAGUAGAAGUGUGUGUGUGUGUGUGUGUGUGUGUGUGUGUGUGUGUGUGUGUGUGUGUGUGUGUGUGUGUGACUUUUUUUUCUGCACUGCAACAUCAAUUACCACUGACAUUGAACUAUUUAGCACAUAGCUCCAGAGGAGACAUAGAGGGGAAAUAUUAUAGAUGGGAUGGAAGUAAAAAGAUGGCAAAUGUUUUGCACAUAAAAAAUCUUUUAUACAAUGAAAUAUUUACUUCUGUUAACUGCUCGUCAGUGUCAGUGUAAAGAGGAAGUAAUGUAUUAUCUAAUCUAAUUAACACUUUCUCAAAAACAGAUUUGUUUUCUUCCUCUCCCAUACAUAGUCAUUUCCUUCAUGUGCCUUGCACAGCUUUGUAAUACUGAUAUAUUGGUAUUAGAAAAAUUGCCAUCUGUCUGUUUUUGUAGAUCAGACGUAAACAAAGAGGGAAGGUGACCGAGUAUAAAACCUGUGGUUAAAGGCUGAGUCCAUGCACUUCCACACUUUGUUUUACAGCAACACGGAUUUGUUUGCUUUUGCUGGACGGUUGAGCGUGAUCUGUAAAGAUGUUUAUCCGGAGGGUUUUCAUUGGCAGCAAGAAAGAACGGAACAGCUUACAAGUUAUUACAAGAGCCCAAUCCCUGAAGUGUUUUGGAAUAUGUGGAAAUUUUACUUGGAAACUGGUCAAACUGACAUAUGCAACAUCAGCACAAAUGAUCAGAUGCUGUCAGCUUCGGUUACUGUAGCUGCCUAUGGACAAUGAUUGACAGGACUGAAUGGUUCACUUGUCAAUUGAAUUGGACAGAAGCAAUGCAUGUUGGUGGCUGCAGGUGGGAUGGUACAAUGUUAUUUACUGUUUAUAUGGAAGAUUUUUUUUUCUGGUUUAUUUUCACGCUGUACUUUGCACUGUCAUCUUAAAGCGAGAGGGUCUUGGUUUGAAGUUACUGUGUGAAAGAGAGAGCACCAGAAUAAGACGCCAAACAAUAAUAAAAAU